AUGGCCUGGGGCUUUCGUCGGAAAGAGACGGUGGAUGACUAUAUUGGCAUCCUCAUCCCGCUGGACAAAGCACAUCUCUACAGUCACUCUGCAAAACAUGGCAAGUUAAACUACGAGCAUGUCAACGACACAGACAUGGAGGAGCUUCUGGACGAUGUGGAGAUGCAGGAACGGCAAGGCGAGGAUGAGCAUGAGCAUGAGACUGAGAACGAGACGAGGGGGAUGUUGCAGACGAGAGAUUUCGAAUACAGUAUCAAAGGCUUGAGGGCAGAGACGCGUCGAGGGCAGGGCUCGGGACGCAACGGGUCGUGGACGCCUUACGAGAUCAAGUCAAAAUUGAUCAACAAGGCGAUACAGGACAUUGGGAUGGGGCGAUACAACUGGCAGCUAUUCUUUGUCUGUGGUUUCGGCUGGUUCGCCGACAACCUGUGGUUGCAGGGCGCAUCUCUAACACUGCCCUCGCUGUCGGCUAGAUUCGACAUUGGCGAGAAGGAGGUGCGAUAUACCACGAGCGCCCUGUUCUUGGGCCUAUCGUUGGGCAGUUCCGUUUGGGGAAUCGGCUCGGACUACACGGGGCGGCGCAUCCCCUUCAACACCACGCUCCUUAUCGCUGCUAUCUUCGGCAUGGCCUCGGCAUUCAACCAGAGCUGGGGCGGUGUCUGCUUCACCUACGCCGCGCUCGGGUCCGGGGUGGGCGGCAGUCUGCCGGUAGACGGCGCAUUGUUUCUCGAGUUCCUGCCCGACGCGAAUAGCUCGCUUCUGACCAUGCUGUCGGUGUGGUGGCCCGUCGGGCAGCUCGUCUCGUCGCUCAUUGCCUGGUACACCAUGGCCAACUGGCCAGUCGACGAGGGCUGGCGCCUCUUCAUGGCUACGAUUGGCAUCAUGACCUUUGCCAUGUUCGCCGUCCGCUUCUUCAUCUUCCGUCUGCUCGAGUCACCCAAGUUCCUGCUGAACCAAGGUCGCCAGGACGAGGCUGUGGCGGUCGUCCAUGCCAUCGCCUACCGCAAUGGCACCAAGACGUGGCUGACAUCCGAGAUCCUCGACGAGGUUGCCGGUACAGACGACACAAGUGCGGACCGACACCGACCGCAGCCGACAGGAGGGCUCAAGCAGAAGCUGUCCAAGUUCUCGGGAGACAAAAUGAACCAGCUUUUCAAGGAACCAAAGCUGCGCCUGGCGACAAUCCUCAUAUGGACUGCCUGGGCUGCCAUUGGCAUGGGCUACCCACUCUUCGCUGCCUUUCUGCCCCAGUACUUCUCCAAGUAUAGCAACGCGGACGUCCAGUCCGAGACUUCUAGUAUCUCGGGGGAGACCUAUCGCAACUACGCCAUCACGUCGAUCUGCGGAGUUCCUGGCAGCAUCCUCGCCACGUGGCUCGUCGAACAGAACUCGCGCUUCCUCGGGCGCAAAGGCACGCUCGCCUGCUCGACCCUCCUCUCGGCUGUCUUCCAGCUCGCGUUUGUCAUCUGGGGCACGUCGUCGACGCGCCAACUCAUCUUCUCGUGCGUGGGUGCCUUUACGCAGAACAUCAUGUAUGGUGUGCUGUACGCGUACACGCCCGAGAUCUUCCCCGCCCCCGUCCGCGGCGCCGGCACGGGCGUGGCGAGCUUCCUGAAUAGGAUCACCGGCCUGUUUGCCCCUGUCCUCGCGGCGAACCUGCCUGGUGAUGCGGCCGAGGGGCCCAUCUACGCGUCUGCUCUCCUCAUCGCGAUAGCUUUCGUGAGCAUGUGCUUUAUUCCGAUUGAGACGCGCGGGGCCCAGAGGCUCUAA